CCUUCGGUUUAAACCAGCAUCUCUCAGCUAUUUCCUGCACAAGAUUUUUUUUAAAUGCCAUUAGAUUAAACGUGUAAGAGGAGGGCGUGUUGUGAGCAGCAUCUGGGGCCGUGUAUGUUGAGUGGAGGUGAUUGAGGAGGGGAGAUAGAUCGCUUGCCAUCUUGACUGAACAGUGGGGAGAGGAUGACAGCGGCCGCGCAGCGCUGACGUCUUUGUAUUUGUAGCAGGGGAUUACACAGUGGAUUCAGCUCAUGUAGUCCUGGCUCGCUGCUCCCUGUGUCUGUACUGAAUAUUCCCGCAGUAUCUCAGCCCCCCUAUCCCCAUGGUCUAGCAUCCCCUCCCUAACAUUGUCCACUAUGGGCGAGGUUCCCAGUUUGGUGAAAAUCGGGGUCUCCUUGAAAAUCCAACCCGGCGACGGCCCGGUGUAUUUCAAAGUGGACGGUCAUCGCUUCGGACAAACCCGGACCAUCAAGCUGCUGACCGGAGCCAAGUACAAGGUGGACAUCGUCCUCAAGCCCGGGGUCGUGUCGGCCAAGUCGAUGUUGGUGGGCACAGUACCUGUCUCCCUGGAGGAGACUUCGAGGGACCCACAGACGGUGAACUACACCGGGUUCUACGACACAGAAGGAGUAGUUCACACCAAGAGUGGCGAACGGCAGCCUCUGCAAGUCCACAUUCAGUUCAUGGACAUUGGCACCUUUGAGACGGUUUGGCAGGUGAAGUUCUACAACUAUCACAAGCGGGACCACUGCCAGUGGGGGAACAGCUUUGGCAGCAUCGACUAUGAGUGUAAACCCAACGAGACCCGCAGUCUGAUGUGGAUCAACAAAGAGAUGAUUACCUAGACUGCAGUACGAGGACAUAUCCCUUCACACACUGGUCUGGACAGAUUACACUUGUCCGUGUUAUAAAUACAAACACCAUGUCUUAACAUCAACACAAAUUGGGCUGAAACUGCACAAUGUGGAAUGAACCAUUUAGUACUCAAGUGUAAUUGCUGUUGCUAAAUCCUGCUGUUUAGAAUGGACAUUUCUCCACGUAUUUUAAACAGAUAGAAUUUGAUUUUGAUAAAAACAUAUCCGACCUGCUGCUUAUAUCAUUCAGCAGAAACUUAAACACCAGUAUCUGCAUUAUGUUAGUAAUGUAUAUGUUCUGCCAUAACAGUUAGGAGAAUAAAUUGAUGUCAAAUGUACAAUGUUUUUGGUUCAAUUAAUGUAAAAUGUAAUAUCUGUUGUCCGAUCAAGAAUUCGGAACGUGCAAUUGUUAGAAUACCAAUCGGGAAUUAAACAAACAUAUUCCUGAUUUUAAACAAACA